AUGUCCACGGGCUCCGGCAGCGACGCGGAGGAGCUGCCCGCGAUGGCACUGCGGGCGCUGCAGCUGCGAUACCCGCCGCCGGCCAAGCGCCGGCCUCGCGGCGAGCUCUUCCCGCCGGGGGACGACUCCUCGGCGGCGGAGGAGGAGGAGGAAGAGGAGGAAGAAGAGGAGGAGGAGGACGGAGUGGGCAGCUACGCGGCAGGGCCGGUGGGCAGCGGCUGCAAGAGGAAACGGGCGCAAGGCGGCGGUCCCGGAGGCAAGAAAGUGGCUCCGGGGCCACGGGGGUCGCCUCCUGAGGGGAAGCAGUCGCAGCGCAACGCGGCCAACGCGCGGGAGCGGGCGCGGAUGCGGGUGCUGAGCAAGGCAUUCUCCCGGCUGAAGACUAGCCUGCCCUGGGUGCCCCCCGACACCAAGCUAUCCAAGCUGGACACGCUGCGCCUGGCCUCCAGCUACAUCGCGCACCUGCGGCAGCUGCUGCAGGAGGACCGCUACGAGACCGGCUACGCGCACCCCGUCAGUCUGACUUGGCCAUUUGUGGUUUCAGGAAGACCUGACUCUGACACCAAAGAAGUUUCUACUGCCAGCAGAUUAUGUGGAACUACUGCAUAG